CAGCCCCAGUGAGACAGACUGCAGUUCCCGGCAUGCAGCGGGGUCGCCGCUCACCGGCACGGCGCAGCAUGGCGGCGGCGCUCGGAGGGCUGCGGGUGCCGCUGGUGGCAGCGAGGUGGGCAGUGGGUGCCGCCACCUCCGGCGGGCAGCGGGUUCCCCUGGGCACACGGCUCCUGGGGCAGAGCUGCCAGCGGGCAGCGGGGCCACGGGCCGGCCCGGAGCCCAGCAGCGGGGGGCUGCCCGAAGGGGUGGAAUACAUCCCCACACGCAAGAAGGGCAAGAACCCGAUGAAGCCGGUGGGGGUGGCCUGGUACAGCCUGUAUGCCCGCACACGGCUGGGCUACCUCUUCUACCAGCGACAGGUGAAGAAGGCCCGGGAGCGGUACCCACACGGCCACUCCGUGCCUGAGCCUUGCCACUUCCCUGGGGUGAAAAUCCUGCCCAUUCCCGUGCUCUCCAACAACUACAGCUACCUGGUAAUCGACACUGACUCUGGCCAAGCAGCAGUUGUUGAUCCCUCUGACCCACUGGCCGUGCAGGCUGCUAUUGAAGAAGAGGGGGUGAUGCUGGAGGCCAUAUUCUGUACCCACAAACACUGGGACCACAGUGGGGGGAACACAGCGCUUCGCCAGCAGCAUGGCUCCUGCAAGGUGUACGGCAGUGCCCUUGAUGCCAUCCCAGAGCUCACCAACCCUCUUGUGGACAGGGAGAAGGUGAAUGUGGGCUGCCUGACCUUCGAGGCGCUUGCUACGCCUGGCCACACUGUGGGCCACAUGGUGUAUGUGCUGGAUGGGGGACCCUUUGGUGGCCCUCCCUGCCUGUUCUCGGGGGACCUGUUAUUCCUUGCUGGCUGUGGCAGACUUUUUGAAGGCUCCCCUGAAACCAUGCUCACCUCCCUGGACGUGGCUGUGAGUUUGGGUGAGGACACACUGCUGUGGCCAGGCCAUGAGUAUGCGCUGGAGUGCCUGACUUUCGCCAGCCUCCUGGAGCUGGACAACCCUGCUCUGGAGCAGAAGCUGCAGUGGGCGACACAGCAGAGGCAGGAGAAGAGGAGCACGUGCCCCUCUACACUGGGGGAGGAACAGACCUACAACCCCUUCCUGCGGACCCACCGGCCAGAGCUGCAGGCAGUGCUGGGGCUGUGGCAAGGCGAGGGGGAGCACCCUGACACCUUCCGUGCCCGCAUCCUCAAGGAGGUGCGGAGGCGCAAGGACCUCUACAAAGCCACUUAGACACCCCCCACCCCCUUGCCUCUCCGAACCCCCCUUUCUGUGGGGCUGGGUGCUGCUCAGGUGUGAAGGGUCCAAGGCUGUGGUUUGUUUUGCUGUGAAUCUCCCUCCUGGGGUGCAGCCCCCCCACCCCACUGCUGGGGCUGUAGAGAUGCAGUGAAGGGCUUUUCCUAUCCUGUUUUUCUGGUAGCCCUCAAUUUCUGCCCACCACCACCCCAGGACUCAGGGAGCUCCCCUUUUCCCUUGCCAGCCCCCAGUGCUAUGCAUCUCCUUUUGGGAGGGGGGUUGGGAUGGAGCCAGCAAGGUGGGGGAUCCCCAGUACUACCUCCUUCUCCAGCACACCUUACCUGUUGCCAGAGCCCCCCCCACGCCACCCUUCCCCCCGCUGUCCCCCACAUACACACACACACUGGAGCCAUGGAGGCACAUGGGGGAGUGGGGGGGUGAUGCUGUACUGGGGACUGGAGGCCCCCCACCAGCACCACCCCCCUUCAA